AUGGGGGCUCUGUUUUCGAAACUGCUGUUAAGGCUAUGGGGUACCAAAGAAGUCAGGAUAUUGAUCUUGGGAUUGGACGGAGCUGGAAAGACUACCAUCUUGUACAGAUUACAGAUUGGUGAAGUUGUAACUACCAUACCCACUAUCGGCUUCAACGUAGAAACAGUAACAUACAAAAACAUCAAAUUCCAAGUCUGGGAUCUCGGCGGCCAGACCUCCAUCCGACCAUACUGGAGAUGCUAUUACGCAAACACGGACGCCGUCAUAUAUGUUGUGGAUUCAGUCGACAGGGAACGCAUGCACACAUCAAAGGAAGAGUUGAUGGCCAUGCUGGAAGAAGAGGAAUUGUCGAAUGCUGCGUUGCUCGUGUUGGCAAACAAACAGGAUAUGGAGGGCGCCAUGUCGCAUGCUGAAGUGUCUGAGGCUCUGGGGUUGGGUGAUUUGAAGCACCGGACGUGGACUAUAUUCAAAUGUAGUGCAAAGACGGGAGAAGGGUUGACGGAGGGGCUCGAUUGGCUGGUUAAUGUUAUUCAAGGGGGUGGUAAAAAGUAG